AUGGAUUUGGCAAUCGAUGUCUGCUCACCUUGUAGAGUGCGUAUAUUACUUGUGCCAGUAUCACCGAUAAAGAAAUCAACUUUCUAUAAAUAUGUCCAGAUUGUCAAGUCUUUCAGCUUAAUUCGCCUUGGAGACGUUACCCCUGACCUGAAAAAAGGUGCCAAUGCUAUGUUUAGCAGCCAAGUAUUUCAGGAAGGACAAAUGCAUUUUCAGUUCAUCACACAAUGGACACGAGAACAUGCUGAACUGGAAGACUUCCAACCUCAUCGUCGCAUCUUUGGUGUGAUAGGUAUCAUGGAUUGUCAGGAAUGGAAAGAUAGAAAUCUAAACGAGGGAUAUCAUAAAUUUGCAAAUGAUUUAGAUAAAUAUCCAACGGCUGUUGCUACUCGAUGUUUUGCUUUUGAUCCAUCGGAAACACAAGAAGAUGAUACGAAAGGACUCAUCAUGAUACCCAACGUGGGCAACAUGUCUUUUUAUAUGAGCACCAUGAUAUGUGAUUUUGCAAGUGAAAUUCUUGAGCAAUUUGCCAUAUUGGCAAGCCGUAUACAAAAAUUGGAGGUUUUGGAAUCACCCAUGCCAGCCAACGUACAUAUUCCUUCCCGAAGGGAACAAAAUCGAUCAUCACAGCCACCUACAUCCAUUUCAAUAUCAGUAUCCUCGAGUACCGUAGCAUCAAAGCGUUCAUCAUUCCAAUACAAUCAAUAUCAGCAAUCACAACAACAACAACAAUCUCAACAGCAACAGCAGCAUGAAAAGCAGCAUCAUCCUUUUCAUCGGUUUAGUACGAACUCAGGAGUUACAUCACCCGGUGGUGAAGCAAAUCGUACAAAGAAAAGAACAUCCGGCAGAGUUAGGAAACUGUUAGGCGAUUUCUAUCUUUUAGCAGGUCGAUUACCGGACGCGAUGAACCAUUAUGAACAGGCCAUUGAAAUGUCAAAAAUUACAUCAGAUUUCCUAUGGCUUGCCAGCGCAAUAGAAGGUUGGGUGUGUGCGACUAUCUUAUUAGAAUACUUACAAGCAGAUAUUGGACAUAUCGUUUCCAGAACACCUAUGGCAUCGACCGCUGACCCCACUGCAACACCGCCCGAGUCUGCGUCAGCAGAAGAGAUUGACGCUGAAGAUGGAGAAAAUGAUACUGCUAUUAAUCGGUCGACUUUAACAGUGGCUCUAGAACAAUAUAGAUUGGCAAUCAAGUAUUAUUCAAGGGUUGCUUUGACGGCUAAUUUUGGAACACCGGAUUUGGUAUAUGCAGAGGCAUGUCUAAGGAUAGCUCGACUGUUAACAACAGCAUUUUUGAAUAAUGGAUGGAAUGAGCAUACCAUGAAUUUGUUAGUGCAAGGUAAAUUGUGUGACUAUGAUGAUUGUAAACAGCAGCGAAAGAGCUCCACGCAGGACAGGAAUGAGAGCGGCCUCCUCUUUUCGCUAAAGGAUAUGCUACAAUACAAGGAGAGCAAGAUCGCCAGAUAUUCUAUUGCCGAAUGGGUUACCAAAGUUUGGCACAUAAAGCUGAAUCAACUGACUUUGUUGGAUCAGGUUUUCAUUACUACAGGAAUGUCUACAGUAUAUUCAUGGAUUGGGUAUCACAGAAAAGCAGCCUGGCUUAUGCAUGAAAGUAUAGAAAGAAUGUUACCGCUACUGAUACAGCACCGUAGAGCAGGGUUAUCAAAGGAUGCGACCAAAGUUCCAAUAAUGCAUGAUUAUGGGGUGCUUGAAAUUCUAAAACAAAGCAGCAGCCCCUCUUCCGCUACCACAACCACUUCUACAAAAUCUAACAGCUCAAAGAUUAAGAACCAUUUCGGAUGGCCCCAACUCCAGAUCAAUGUUUUAAAGCAGUGUAUUUCAGUUGCAGAUGCACUUACAGACAACAGCGCCCGACUUUACUACACUACUGUGUUACUGAAAAAUCUUUAUCAACAUAUAUCCAAAGCAGAACAAAUUAAACUAGCAACCACCAUACAAGGUAUGGUUGCCAGUUCCAAAAGAGAAAGAAAUCCGUCAAUAGAUCAAGUCAAGUCAUCUACCGGGUCCAUCAAUUAUUGGGGAGUUAACAUUGUGACCAGCAUUGAAGCAAGAAAGCCUAUUUCAAGAAAAGCCGUCUAUGCUCACCCGAUUAAAGGUGAUACUGUCGUCGACGCAGCAAAGAAACAGAAAAAGGCAUCCAAAGAUACAGGAGAUCCGUUCAUUUACAAUCCAUUUGCUAAAAAAGCAAACAUUGCUGAUAUGGUAGUUCUGGUUAAGAAUGAGUUAUCAGAAUUCAAAGUGACAUUAACCAAUCCAUUCGGUUUUGACUUGGAGUUACAAAAUAUAAUGCUCAGUACAUCUGGUGUUGCAUUUAAUGCGACUUCAACAGCUGUAACAAUACCUGCCAAUGCAACCAUGGACAUAGCAUUGUCAGGCACACCAUUGGGGACGGGUACACUUGUUAUUCGCGGUUGUUUGAUCCAGAUCGUCGGUUUCGCAGAGCAAGAAUUUCUAAUUGAUACAAGUGCUACUAACGUGCAUGAAAAUGCAAUGAAAGAUAAUGUUGAGAAAAUUAAACAAAGGUAUGCACACUUGCUUGGGUUGUUGUUUGUCAUUUCACUAACAGUACCAUGUUUUCUAGAUGACGAAGCUAAGGAAGCGGACGGCACCAAAUUUUAUGAACUUCAGAUCAUUGAUGAGCAGCCGCUACUGAAGAUCAGAUCGACGUCUCUAUUGCAUGGUGCUGUUAUGCUAUAUGAGGGUGAACGCACUCAUCUUACUAUAGAACUCGAGAAUAUUGGCAACAUUCCUGUAGACUUUGUAACUUUAUCAUUCACAGAUUCAACGGUAACCAAUACUCUUAUUAAUCCGGAACUAGCGCCUGAAGAUCAAUAUGAAUUAGAACUAUACACAAAGGGCACCCGUGUUUUUUCUUGGGAAGGUACAUCAGAAAGUAAAUCACAUGACUUCGUUGGCAAAAAAGUAUGGUUAUCUGAAGGGGACAAAACAAUUAUUAAGGUGAAUAUUUAUGGUAAAAGAGAAUGCCAUCAGGGAACAAUUCAGAUAGAUUAUGGGUACCUUGAUCGCACUGUGGAGAAAAUCACAAGCAAAAAAACCACGAUAGAGUGUAAUCGUGAUGGUGAAGAUGAAUCUUCACCAACUAUCUUCUACACUCGACAGCUAUAUCUGAAUAUUCUUAUUACGGUUUAUGAGAAUCUAGAACCGUUUAAUUGGGAUGUGGCUUAUUUAAGGUACAGUACACCAGUCUUGAAGGAGGCAUUAGACGCAACCUCGAACAAUAUCAAUUGCGAUAGAGAGAGCGACUCUGUACUGGCAGUGCAGCAACAAUCGCUGGAAGAUUUGUUGUCUGCAACUAGAAACAUAAGAUUGAACGAUUUGGAAAGAAACGAAUAUUGCAUGGUCACUCUAGAUGUUCGAAAUCGUUGGACUGUUCCUUUUGACGUCGAUUUUACUGUUGAUAAUGAAAAUGAAAAAGAGAAAACAUCAAGCAGCGUGAAGAAAUUUCGCAUUACUAUUCAACCAGGGUCUACUUCAAGGAUUAUUCUACCAUUUAAACGUCUGUUCUUACCUACCGAUGUUUGUAGGCAAGAAAUUCCUUCUUUCGAUCCUAACAAGCAAUUUGUAGUAUCUCAGAAUUCUGGUAUUUCUGAGGAACAACGACUUGCUAGGUUACAAAUGUUUUGGUACCGAGAAAAGCUAUUAGAACGUAUUAAGGCUUCUUGGACUUGUAGAGCAACAAAUCGUUUUGGUGAGCUAAAUCUUCGGCCUUCUCUGCGGUUGUCGUCUAUGCAAUUAAGCGUGCUGAAAAAGGAAGACAUUGAAUUCUUGGUUGAUUUUGAAGGAGAACAUACAGACAAAAUAAAUUAUCGAAGGUUUGCAACUGUCUGUAACGAACGUUUAAAAAUGAAAAUAUCAAUCAGGAAUAGAUACAGUAAGUUCAAAAAAGCUGUACAUCUGUUCUAG